AUGAGUCUGAACUAUGGAUGGAUUGUCCGAGUCUCUUCAUCUAUCAUUGAAAAAAACAGCAGUAUUAAGAAAAUGGGUUACUGCGUAUUAUGCAGCGAAGAACGGCUCAAGCGUGUGUGGGAGUUUCGAGGCAAAAAGAUGCCACCAGCCAACAGCCCAUUUCGAGACGAUUUUCUGACCCAUUUGAAGAAGCUCGGCUACGGAAACAUGACCGACCAAGUUGCAAUAACUACUCGAGCGAAGGAAAAGAUCGUCAAAUUCAUCUGCUCUCAGCAAACGCUCGCUAUGGGAGUGGAUAAGAGAAAGAAAACGAAUGCCGAGCACCUGUUCUGGAGAUGCGCCAUCUAUGCGACUUCCAAGCACAAUUGA